CGCCGCCGGCGGCGGUGGCGCGGGAGACAGUCAUGGCCUGGGGGCUGCGUGCACCGACCACCUGCCAUCGGGACUGAGACCCUGCUCUGCGCGGCGACAAGGAACCUGCCAGCCCGGGGCCCCGCCCGGACAUCUGUCAAGAAGCCACGGCCGCCACCCUGGACUCACCCAAGCCUUGUCUCUCGCCCCUGCCUCUGCCAGCACCUGGCCCCUCGUGCCCGCAGCCGCCUGGAAGAUGUGCCCUGGGAACUGGCUCUGGGCCUCCAUGACCUUCAUGGCCCGCUUCUCCCGGGGGAGCACCAGGUCUCCCGUCCGCCCCCGAGGCAGCCUGGAGGAGAUGCCGGCCGUUCAGCAUCCCUUCCUGAACGUCUUUGAGCUGGAGCGGCUCCUCUAUACCGGCAAGACAGCCUGCAACCACGCUGAUGAGGUCUGGCCAGGCCUCUACCUCGGAGACCAGGACAUGGCUAACAACCGCCGAGAGCUCCGCCGCCUGGGCAUCACACACAUACUCAAUGCGUCGCACAGCAGGUGGCGAGGCACCCCCGAGGCCUACGAAGGGCUGGGCAUCCGCUACCUGGGUGUCGAGGCCCACGACUCGCCAGCCUUUGACAUGAGCGUCCACUUCAAGACAGCCGCCGACUUCAUCCACCGGGCCCUGAGCCAGCCGGGAGGGAGGAUCCUGGUGCACUGCGCCGUGGGAGUGAGCCGCUCCGCCACGCUGGUGCUGGCCUACCUCAUGCUGUACCACCGCCUCACCCUCGUGGAAGCCAUCAAGAAGGUCAAGGACCACCGUGGCAUCACCCCCAACCGGGGCUUCCUGAGACAGCUCCUGGCCCUGGACCGCAGGCUGCGGCAAGGGCUGGAGGCGUGAGGGGCGGCGGGCAGGGGAAACCCAGGCCAGGUUCGCAGGUGGUAGGAGAGCCAGGGCACGCAUCCCCUCCAGGGGGCAAGACAGUAAGAGGCCUAGGCCACCAUUGCCCUUUUGUGGGAGGGGCUGGUAGCACAGUGGGCACCAGAAGGGGCCUGCCUGGGGCGGGAGGCAGCCAGGCUGUGGGGUUCCUGCCUGCUGGCUCGGGGGCAUUCCUUCCCCCGCUCAUUCCCUCUCUCUGACCUGAUGGCAGCAGGCGCCUCCGUCCAGUGCGAGCAGGCAGGGGUGCAAAGAGCUUGAAUGGGACGGGGUGGAGGGGUGGAUCCCAGAGCACAGAGACAGGAGGAGGAGGUGAUGUGAGUGAACCGCUGACAACACAGGCAGAAAGCCAAGGGCUGGUUACUGCCAGAGGAGGUGCGUGAGGGUUGGCAUUGUGCCCGAGGGCGCUGCAGCAGCUCGUGGCCAGAGAAAGCACUGGGGGUCUUGCAAUGGCUGCUUGAACACUGGAUUCCGAUGUCUGAAGGAAAAAUAAAGACGAUGGACAU